AUGAGCAACAAAGACCUUCAGCCACAUCCCUCGCUGCCUGCGCGUCCCCCGCCGUCGUCCUACUCGGCGCCGCCCGUACGCAAUAACGCAGGCGGGCGAGGAGGGUUUGGAGGCAACGCUGCCGCCUUUGGUGGCUUCGCUCCGCGGUCCGUGGUCGCUCAGGCUCCUGCGCAGGUCUCUACUGCCCCGACCAUGUACUCCCAGCCGACUGUGAGCGCUCCUUAUCAACCUACCGCUUACCCGAGCAGCGAUGCUUACUACAAUGCCUAUCAAGCCUAUGGCACAUCAACACCAGCAGCUGCUUUUGCUGCCCCCACGCCAGUGAGCCGGGGCUUUGGCACUUAUGAUCCGGAAGAGGAGGCCAGGAUCGCCGAGUGGAAUAGCGCCUACACCAGGGAGGAUGCGAGCGGCAAAAAAGGAGGCAAUGCGAAUACUACUACCCGCGCCGAGGUGAACGCGACUCCCGAUGCUGCGGCAGGUUCGCCAGGGACUACCAAGCAAAAGACCGUUGUUCGCGAAGGGGGAGGAAAGGCGUGGGAAGAUCCCUCACUCCUCGAGUGGGAUCCGCUUCACCCGCGAUUGUUCAUUGGGAACCUCGCAGGUGAAGUGACGGAUGACUCGCUCCUCAAAGCUUUCUCUAAGUAUCCUUCCGUGUCCAAAGCACGCGUCGUCCGCGACAAGCGGACCACGAAGAGCAAGAGCUACGGUUUCGUGAGCUUCGCGAAUACUGAUGAUUACUUCCGCGCUGCCAAGGAGAUGCAGGGGAAAUAUAUCGGGAGCCACCCCGUACUCAUCAAGCGAGCCACGUCCGAAGUCAAAGCGACCACGAAGCGCGACGACAAGCAUGGCAAGCACGGAAGGCACAAUAACAACAAGAAACCCGGUGGCGGCAACAACGCCGCCGGAGCUGGGGCGGUCCCGUUUAUGAGCAGCGGUGUACAGAAGAAAGGCAAAUCCGGCGGCCCGAGGGUUCUUGGAUGA